CCGCUCGCUGCUCAGUCCUCAUUCAACCUGUCCAAGGGCAACCGCGAACAGUCGUUUUUACUUCACUAUUUUACGUGCAAACAAACGUUUUAAGCAGCACAAUGUCUGAAUCUGAAGUAAAAAAAUUCACGCGCAAGGGACUAACCGAGAGGAAUACCAAGACGGAUGCAGUGUUCAUCAUUGAAAACAUAGUUUACGAUGUCACCAAAUUCCUGGACGACCAUCCCGGAGGUCACGAGGUCCUGUUGAACGUCGCCGGCAAAGACGCUAGCGAGGACUUCGACGACGUCGGCCACAGUACCGACGCCAAGGAAAUGAUGAAGAAGUACAUAAUCGGGGAACUGGUCGAGGAAGACAAAGUGCCGACGAAAAGGAAACAGUAUAAAUGGUCGGAAACAGAUUCCCAGUCGAAAGAUGGUAGUUUCCUGACAUCUUGGAAGUUCCCUGUGGUGCUCGGACUUGUGAUGACAGUGCUGUAUUCUUAUCUGUUCGGCUAGUACGUAAUGAGUUGAUAGUUACAAUUAAUUAAUUAUGUUAUUGUCACAAGCGUAAUAGGAGAUUACGUGUGUUUUAUCAUGCAUGGUUCCAGAAUUUUCUUUACGAUAGAAUGAUCAAAUUGUGGGGGGGUUAGUAUAUAGAUUAUUUUAGUUUUAACACGUGUUAGUUUCAAUGUUUAUUGUUUAUCCACGGAAAUGGACUUUGUUUGCAUAAUAAUAUUCUACGACUUAAAUAGUUUAUUUAACCUUCGAAUACCACCUACUUGCGUAGUGGUAAUAUGUAAAUAUUUAAAUCCUGUUGCAACUGUUAACAAUAACAAUGUUAUUUUGCAAUCUAUUAUUUUGUUUAAUGCUUAUUAUACGCCUUUUUUGGGUUCCUUUGGAAAUUUUGGGUGUUAACAUCAAUUCCUGAUUUAGGAAUCUGUUCGUGAUAGAUGUAUUACAAGUGGUGCUUUUGUUAGGGUCAAGUGACUACGGAUUACGGAACCCUAUAUUGCGCGUGCGCGUCACACGCAUUUAGCCGUUUUUAUUGGUGUUUUAAGAAUAAUAACGUUUGACAGACGACUGAUACAUAAUGUCGUUGUAUUACUAAAAUCGAAGAUAAUUAUAUCUACUAAUUUGAAUGUACAAUGUCAUGAUAUCGUCAUUUGCCCUUGGCAGAUAGCACUGAAAAAAACAAAGUACCUACCUAACUAUUAUAAUAAUUGUGAUUGCGAUAAUGUAUACCUAUUAUAUAUUAUCUUUCCAGCGUAUAUAUUAUGUCCUUACACUGUAGUAGUUAUUUAAUCUAACAAUGAAAAAUUAUUUCAGUAGGUAUACAUACCACAAUAACAAUCAAGAUACUCGGCAGCGUGUCAGGCAAAUUCGAGCGAACGCCAGGCAGUCAUUGGCGUAUCUAGGAUUAUUUCCUAGGGUGGGCCUGGCCGACAUCAAAUCUAUUGUUAGUAUCAUAAUAGAAUACCAUAUAGGUAGCUCAGAAUCCUAGGGUGCACACGGUUCCAUGGCUCACCCAGUCCUCACCCUAUAUACCUAUGCCUAUGCAACCAGUAUAAGUAUAUAUUAACACAAAUAUAGCAUACUUAAUCCAUACGUAGGUAGAUAAUAUUAUAGAUUUUCAAGCAGUGGUGUGUUUUUAGGUAUGUUGUAUUUCAAUUGAUUGACUUAAUUAUAAAAAAGCUGAUGAACUUCCAUGAGGGCCCUCUGUCAAUUCAAAAUUAAUUAUUUUUAAUGAACACCGUUUCACCACCAUUUCCAAAAAUGGCUGGCACCGUAAUUAAUGGUGUAAUAUUUCGUCAUUGUUUUGUAUUUGUUACUCUUUCCCCUCUCUGCGUUUACGGAUUACAGUAUGAGUAAGCAGAAUUGAAAUUACUAAAACCGAUGAUGAACCUACCUAUAAAAAUAAUCGAUCUGGACAAGAUUGUGAAGGCCAUCAAUGUGCAAGAGGGGUAAAGAUAGUAACGACUGUUUGCGAAAUUACUUGUAUAUUUUAUUCUCUACAGGCUAUAUUGCUACGAGUGUUUGUUUUACUCUGACUGUAGAUAUUUCCAACUAGAUAUUGUUUAUAUAAGUACCUAAACCAACUCGGUAAAUGUCUGAAACGGAUACGCAAUCCACCUACUUAUGAUUAUUUAUUACAUACGAAUUACAUGAUAACUUGUUUCGUUGAUUAUUCAUACGAGGAAUAUUACAGAGUGCACGUGCAAUAACAAUUGUACCUUAAACCAAAACAAAAAAUUUGUUACCUUUUUCGAUUGGCGAAAAAUGGGUGGAAUUCAAAGACCAUUUUCAAUUUACCAUUUUAAUUAAUUCAAAAUCGGUCUAAGAUUGUUGUUAUUAUUUUGCCAGUUGUAAUUAUAAAAAUUUUUGUUAAA